AUGCAUUCGAGCACACGGAGGAGAUCUGCGGAGGACCGGCCUACCAGCGCUGGGUCUGGGUCGAGCGGGAGGAGCGGGCGGACCGGGUCAGAGGCAGAGGCGGCGGCAAUGGCGGACGCGUUUGGGCUGGUCGCUGUCGAGGAGACGGAUGCGGAGCAGGUGCAGGGACGGCAGGGUGGGGCGCCCACCAUGACGAUGGGUCUCGGGAUUGGGGAGGGGAGUCUCUCGCUCGCCGACUUCCCUGGCCAUGGCAUGGCAGCUCCGACCGUCAUGCCACCAAACGAGGCGAGCGGAUACCAGUAUUCUCGCGGAUUGGCGGCACGGAGGUCCCGCAUGACGCCGUCGCCUGUGGUCGUCACUCCGCCUCCCGCUCCCUCGACCUCUCGCACGCACAUGCAGACGCCACCGCAGCCUCCUUCUUCAGCCCAGUCGAGCACGACACCGGGUUCUUCAGGCUCUCGGCACCGUCUCGCGACCGGUUUCGACUUGUCCGACUUGCGACACUCGCUUCUUGCCGGCGACCCAAUCGCCUCGAACUCAUCUCCCAACCCGUCCGCAACCUCUUCUCACCCGUCGCCUUCCGCCUCUCCUCGCGGAUUCGUCCCUCGACCCACGCGCAUGACGACGACGCAAGCUCUCCAAAACAUCUUGGCCCAGCCUUCGCCCUCUCAAUCUCACUUCCCCUCGCCGUCUUUCGCCAAUCCCGCACCGAAACCCGCCCGCCCCUUCUCUUACAAGACGCACUUCAAGUGCGCCUACCUGACCGAACAAGCCUGGCUACGCGGACCCGGCCGCCUCCUCUCGACGCAGAUGUCGGCCGACCGGGGAAUUGUCACUUCGCUCGGCUACGACAACGAGUGGAUCGUUGUGGGGAUGUCGACGAGCAAGGUGCAUGUCUUUGAGGCAGAUACGGGAACGUAUGUCCGCACGCUGGACGGACACGAUCAGGGCGUUUGGUGCUUGACGCUGGUCGGGCGGGGCGGAGGACCGAGGGCGGAUGGUUCGACGGCGCAGGGAGGAGACGCCGGCGGUGACGAUGCAGACGAUGCUUGGAAUGGCGGGUCGAGCAGGAACAAGGGGAAGGGCAGGGCGAGGGACGAGUUCCACCGUCCUCCCGCAAGUCCGAUGGGCACGACCUUCACCCAGGGACUUGCUCCCCCCAGCACGCACCACACUCUCCGCUCCGCAGCUUCGUCUCCUUCGUUCCUCUCCCCCUCUUUCCGCGACACUUCGAAUACGCCCCUCGCCGCGUCUUCCUACUCUUCUCCAUCCUCUCCUUCGCGCGGCUCUUCCGCCUUUCCACCCCGCCAACCUCGACGCCAACGAUCAGCCGCUUCGCUUUCACCCGGCCCUUCCUCGCCCGCCUUCUCUCAGCAAUCCUCGCCGCCUCAGAACGUUUACGGUCCGUACACGAAAGGCGGGAUGGGCAUCGGUGCGGGCGGACCAACAGGCGACUCCCUCCUGCAGGGUAACGCGUGCGGGACGGCGCGGGGAUGGGGUCAGGCUGGAGCGGUUGUCGUGAGCGGGGGUUGCGAUAGGAGCGUGAGGGUCUGGGAUGUCUCGACUGGACUCUGCAUCCACACCCUCACCGGCCACACCUCGACCGUCCGCUGCCUCCGCGUCCUCGACGGUCGCCCUAUCGCCGUCUCGGGCUCGCGUGAUGGUUCCGUCCGCGUCUGGGACAUCGACAGGGGCGAGUCGGUGCAUGUCCUUGCGGGACAUACGAUGAGCGUCAGGGCCAUCGACAUCUGCGGGAACAAGGCGGUCAGCGGGAGCUACGAUGCGACGUGCAGGCUCUGGAACGUCGAUACCGGCGAAUGCUUGCACGUCUUCCGCGGCCAUCUCUCGCAAAUAUACUCCGUCGCCUUUGACGGUCUCCGCGUCAUCACCGGCUCGCUCGACUCGACCGUGCGGGUCUGGGACGCCGAGACUGGCAAAUUCAUCGCUCUCCUGCAAGGCCACACCUCGCUUGUCGGCCAGCUCCACCUCGACCCUCACACCGGCACGCUCGUCAGCGGCGGAUCCGACGGCCGCGUCAUCGUCUACUCGCUCGCGACGUACGAGCCUCUUCACCGCAUCAACGCCCACAAGAGCUCGGUAACAUGCUUGCAGUUCGACGAGCGCUUCAUCGUUUCGGGCGGUAACGACGGGCGCAUUAAGCUGUGGGACAUGCGCACGGGCACCUACAUCCGCGAUCUCGCCGAUCAGACGUCGGGCAUCUGGCGCGUCAUCGUCCGCGACGACAAAUGCAUCGUUCUCUCGCGCCGCGAGGAGCCGAACCCGAACCCGACCGCCGAGGAACCCGAGUUGACGGUCGAGCGGACGCUGAUGGACGUCAGGACGUUCCGGCCGAGCGAUGCGGAGCUGUACGGAAAGGCUUGA